AUGCGCGCUGCGCACUCCGAGGCGUCAGACGCGGCUCCGAACGAGCUGGCUCCGAUUGGAAGCAAGGAAAAGCAGGCUUUGCAUCACUCCAUGUCUACCCGGGACCGUUGGAGAAAUGUCACCGAGCUCCUCAAGGAGAGGACUGCCCGAGCGGCUGAACGUUUGGGCCGGCCGCCCGAGGAAGGCGACGCGCUGGACGCGGCGUUCUCUCCUGAAUACCUUGGCGCGACAGAUGACCUGUACGCCAUGAGACAAGGCAGACUACACAACGACGAGACUCGAAGCCCGCAUCAUCAGCAUACCGCCAGUUCCGAAGCAGCGCUGCUGGUGGAGAGACUGGGGUUGACCCAGAACGCAGAGGUUCGGCAACGCAAAGCCAGUGCGGCAUCGCAGCACGCUGGCACCCGGCAUGCAGACGACUCUCUUGCGUCUAGCACGGGGCUUGCGGGCCUCUCUUCUAGCACCCCCGGUGGUGGAGGGAUUCUCUCGCAGCUUCUCAAACUGCAGGCUGGCCAGCUCAACGACAGCUACGAGAGUCUGACAGCCACAGACUCGGAGAGCGAAACCCCUUCGGUCUCCGGCAAAUCAACCCCUCUUGCCCCGUCCCGGGCAACGACGAUCACAAACACCACUUCUGAAACGGGGGGCACCUCGACUCCCGGCAGGGAGAAGCUCAGAUGGUACAAUAAAUCGAGACCGCACUCAACCGCCUCGCUGCUUCAUGCCUCGAUGGACCUGACCCGGGUCGCCAUGCCUGUUGCCCAGGACUUUGCGCCGGGAGCCAAGAACUACCGGGCCUCGCUGCCGGCAGACAAGGACGGACAGAAGAAGCGCAAGAAAAAGAAGAAGAGGAACGCCGAGGUCAAGGUGACGGUUCACAUCGCGGAGAUCCUCAACCGCCAACGCUAUAUCAUGCAGCUGUGCCGAGCUCUGAUGCGGUAUGGGGCCCCGACCCAUCGGCUGGAGGAAUACAUGCAGAUGACCGCCCGCGUGCUCGAGGUGGAUGGCCAGUUUCUCUACCUCCCAGGAUGCAUGAUCAUGUCGUUUGACGAUGCGUACACUCGUACCGCGGAGGUGAAGCUGGUGCGCGUCAUCCAGGGCAUUGACUUGGGCCGCCUCGCCGAAACGCACAACAUCUACAAGAACGUCGUCCACGAUUUGAUCAGCGUCAACCAGGCCAUCGACGAGCUGAACGAGCUGAUGGGCCGCGCCCCGCGUCGCAACAAGUGGAUCCUUGUCGGCCUGUACGGCCUGGCGAGCGCGGCGGUCGGCCCCUUUGCCUUUGAAGCCCGUCCCAUCGACAUGCCCAUCAUCUGCUUCCUGGGCUGUCUCGUCGGCUUCAUGCAGCACGUCAUCGCCCCGCACUCGGUGCUGUACUCGAACGUCUUCGAGGUCAGCGUCGCCAUCAUCACCUCGUUCCUCUCGCGCGCCUUCGGCAGCAUCAAGUCCAAGGACACCCCGUUCGCCCAGGAUGGCGAAUACAUCUUCUGCUACGCGGCGCUGACCCAGUCCUCCAUCGCCCUGAUCCUGCCGGGCUUCUCCGUCUUGUCCAGCAGUCUCGAGCUACAAUCCCACCAGAUGAUCGCCGGCUCCAUCCGCCUCGUCUACACAAUCAUCUACUCGCUCUUCCUCGGCUACGGUGUCACCGUGGGCACCACAAUCUACGGCUUGAUGGAUUCCGACGCCACCACACAGACCAGCUGUAAAGCCCUGACCGUCUGGGGCGACGGCUAUCAGUAUGUCCGGCGUUUCCCCUUCGUCGCCGUCUACUGCCUGCUCGCCGCCCUCAUCAACCAGGGCAAAUGGAAGUCCACCCCCGUGAUGGUCGUCAUCGGUGUCUGCGGCUACGUCGCAAACUACUUCAGCUCCCUCAGGCUCGGCUCCACCAACGGUGUCGCCAACACCGUCGGUGCCUUCACUAUCGGCUUUCUAGGAAACCUCUACAGCCGCAUCUGGCACGGCCACGCCGCCACCGCCAUCCUGCCGGGUAUCUUCGUCCUCGUCCCUUCGGGUCUUGCCUCCAGCGGCUCCAUCAUCUCCGGCAUGGAGUACGCCAACGAGGUCAAGAACGGCUCCGCUUCUAGCAGCUCCAGCUCAGGAAAUUCCCUCACCUCCCUUGGCUUCAGCAUGAUCCAGAUCGCCAUCGGUAUCACCGUCGGCCUGUUCAUCUCCGCUCUCAUCGUCUAUCCCUACGGCAAGCGCAGGAGUGGCCUCUUCAGUUUCUAA